AAAAUAAACGUCAGUGUACGCGAAGCAUCGAAAACAAUCACAGUUCGAUGAAUAACCAAAUCGCUCGCCAUGGAAACCUCUCCGCCGAGAAGAACUCUGCGAAGUUCUAAUCGAUUAUCACUUUCCCUAACUCGCAAAAAAGGAAAACCGAAGGAAACCGAAGGUUCAUGCAAUGCAUCCCAAACGCCAUCAAGUGAAACGGAGGUCAAAGGCAUGGACACGCCGGAUGUGUCUUACAGGAAUAAACAAGUAUCACCGGUGAACGAGGAUCGAAAGAAUGGAUUGAAAUCUGAACCGGUGAGCACAGGAAGCGCCAUCGGCAACCGUAGUAUUACUGUGAGGAAAGAUGCUUGUUCGCCCGAAACAAUCAUUAUACUCAGUGAUGAUGAAAAUGAUGAUGAAACACCGUCGAAGAGGUCGAUCCGCGAGUACUUCACACCAUCCAAACAAUCAAGCAAUAUUUCGGACGCAUCUGCUAGUUGGACAACAGGUGGCAAAAAGAGCAGAGCUGCUCAAUCAUCCAUUAAAAAACAUGGCUCACAAACCCAGCCCAGAAAGGACGUCAGCAAAGUGCGUCGCAAGAUUUGUCCGAGCACCAACAUCAAGAUGCUAACGAAGAAAUACUUUGAUGAUUCGCAAAAGCGCAUAACAAACUUCUUCAACAAAGAUGAAGACCCGGACCGCAUCGGGUACUGCCGUGUGCUGAAGGAAUCGGUAAUGCCAGCGAUCAUUACGGGUGAUAUGGACGUGGAGCAGAUGCUAGCCGUUACGGUGGAUGAAGGUACGGAGCGGUUGAGUUUUUCACAAAAUGCACCAGAAUUCGCUGCGCCUGAUCCGGCCGCAGCGAUGAACCCGUCUCAAAUUAUGGAACGCAUCGAACGUGUUCAGAGUGCGUGCUACGAUCCUGAGCGAGAAGACUGGAAUAUGGAACGUGUGGCAUUUCCGGUUGCGGUACCGACUACUGCAUCGACCAACAACAACAAUUAUGGUGAUAGCGCGCAAAAGACUGAAUCAUCAGCGAUUCAACCCAAUCGACGAGUUAGUACUAUUCCACAAACACCGAACAACCGAACGACACCCGCAGCAAAGAUGAUGUCCCGCAGUAAAGGGUCGUCCAAUAGCGGUCGGAGUAAAGGUGGUAAAAAGAUCAUCUGUCCUUCGUACAAAAUCAUAGCGGGAACCAAUUUUGCUGUCGAUGCGUUCCGGUACGGUGAUAUCGAGGGUGUGACGCACUACUUCCUGACGCACUUCCAUGCCGAUCACUAUAUUGGACUGAAGAAAUCGUUUUCCAAGCCUCUCAUCAUGUCUUCGAUAACGGCACGGCUUGUGAAGACGUUUAUAAACGUCGGCGAAGAGUUCUAUCGCGUGAUCGAGCUGCACCAGUCGAUUUUUAUUGAUAAUGUAGAGAUAAUAGCACUGGAUGCGAAUCACUGCCCGGGUGGUAUAAUGUUUCUGUUCCGCUUGCCAAAUGGGAGCAACAUCCUUCACACGGGAGAUUUCCGUGCAUCGCCCGAGAUGGAAGAGUAUCCGGAGUUUUGGAAUUUCCCGAUCGACUGCAUCUAUCUCGACACGACCUACCUUUCGUCCAAAUACGCGUUCAAGUCACAGUGGGAAAGUGUGGCCGAUGCACGGGAAGCUGUAUCCACCUUCUUGAAGAAACACAUCGGCCUGAAGGUGCUAAUCGUGUGCGGUAGCUAUCUGAUUGGCAAGGAGAAGGUUUGGCUCGAGCUAGCCAUGGCGACCGGUAUGAAGGUAUGGACGGAACCGAAUCGAUGGAAAGCGUUGAAAGCGAUUGCCGAUCCGCAACACCUGGCGCUGCUGGUAGCUGAUCCGCUUCAGGCCAACAUACACGUGCUGGCCAUGAAGAAACUGUCGUACGAUGAACUGAACGAAUACAUGAACCAGUUUCCGGAUCGGUACGACAGCGUCAUCGCGAUACGUCCCAGUGGAUGGGAGAAGAACAGCAAACCACAGUACCGAGGGCGAAUCAACAUCGUGGGAAUAGAAUAUUCGGAACAUUCGAGCUUCGAUGAGCUGAAACGCUUCGUGCAGUACAUAAGACCUCGCGAGGUAAUUAGCACCGUUCCGUACGGGAAUUCGAAUCAAAAUCGAACGCCAACAGUGCCUGCCUCCUGGUACCAGGGAGACAUCCGACCGCAACGAAAGGCUUUACAGCUGUCCAUAACUAACUUUAUCACACCCGUCAAGGGUGGUGAUGUCAUUGUGCCAAAUGGACCAUUUACCGCUAGUAGCCUAAGCGGCGCUCGCUUACUAUCAAAUCGGGCCAAAUCGGGGGAGGAAAAUGAAGGGGACGUGGUUGUGAUAGAAAAAAAGGACGAUGAAGAUACGAAAUCCUAUCACAAAUCAGAAAAUGGAGAGCUAAGCUACGACAGCGACUGGUUACCGUGAGCAUGGUCACGAAUUUACGUUCGCAGACGGAAGUUUGGUAAGCAAAUAAGAAUAUAUCUUAUCUUCUUUACAAUUUUUAAACCCUAAGUAAAUUUGAUGCUUGAUCUGAACAGCUGGAAAACGUUCGUAGAAUAUGGAAGAUGUUCAGGAAAAAAUGGAUACAUUUCUCAAUUGUGGCUGUGCUACUUGUUUUUUAUGUGUAAUGUUGGUUAAAUCCAUUCCCUUAAUGGAUAGGAUGAGUGUAGUGUGUAUAGUUAGGAUUUCUAAAAAAAUAUACUCAUGAAGACAAAGAUAAAUGUAAACUUUAUCAUUAUUAGUUUAUAUUUCAUAGUUAAGUUCCUGUUAUUAUCGUUUUUGUGAACGAUUAAAAAGCAAAAAACAAGCUAGUUUAGCUAUAUAAGUAAACGUGCAUUUUACUUCUAAUUCUUAAUUUACAAAUUGUUUUCAACUAUGCGGAAUUGAUUGAUUGGAGUUUAAUGCAAUUUUUGGUUGAAGCUGCUAUCAGCACAAGCUUGGUAGAUUAUAAUAUACGUUCCGUAGGUCCUUUUAGGGGUAUUGACACACACACACACUGUUCGUCUCUUGCGUGUUUGAACCAUUCUUCCUUUAAAUUAGUUUUGUCGAACAGGAUGGAUGACUGGAACCCACUUGAAUUGUGGAAGAGAAUACAGUUAAAAACGGUCAGGCAACGAGGGUUCCUAGGAUAAUCCUCGUUGAAUUUAGACUAGACUUCUCUAAACGGCGUUGGUUUGUGGAUAUGUAUUCUUUGACGAAGAAUACGUGGAGGGCCUCAUUGUGACUUAAAAUAGCUGUGAGGAUUCGCGAACGACGGUAGUAAAGCUUGUGUUAACAUUGGUAGCCAAUUAACCAACGAACAUUGGUGGCCGUGUGUAUGGCAGCAAGAAUCGGUUCCUUGUCACAUCACUGCGAAAACUCCUCAGACUUUAAUAUCAAUCCCACCUCCAGUCGUACAAAACGGCCCAGUUAAAGAAAUCUGAAGCAACUACCAAACCAAACAAGAUAGAGUAAUCAUUAGACAGAGGCUCAAAGUCAAAUAUCGAAUAUUUCUUUAAACUCUUGUCGGUUGUGGAAUUAUCAUACAUAAACUCCGGUACAUAUACUCCGGUUCAUCGUACAUACGUCUAA